AUGGCAGCGGCGCCUGGGACACUAGCGGUAGCGCCGCCGCAUCUUCUGGAAUCCAUGUUUCCCGGCAUGGAGUUCCCUAGGCCGUUCGCGAACGGCGACGUCGCGAACAGUCUCGCGAACGGCGAGAGCGCUAGGCUCGCGCAAGCGGAUGUAGCGAACAGCUUCUAUGAAACCGGCAAAAGAGCCGGUGACAACCGGCGCGGCGGUAGCAGCAGCGUUGCCGGUAGUUCCGCUGCUGCGACGUCUUCAUCCGGUGCCGUAGACGCUGCUGACGUGGCCGGGUUACACGCGCAACGGGACGCGGUUUUGCGUGGGUUCGAGAUCACGGAACCGGCGAGAGACGACAAGGAAACGGGCGAGAAGGCCAAGUACAUGGCGUCGAUUCUGGAGGCUUAUCAGAAGCUGCUAGAAGAACGGACCCAGUACCACUUCGGCUACCCAUACAACCUGGAUUUUGACUAUGGCGCCCUCAUAGGUCUGCAGCACUUCUCCAUUAACAAUCUCGGGGAUCCCUUUAUCGAGAGCAACUAUGGCGUGCACUCCCGUCCGUUCGAGGUGGGAGUGCUUAACUGGUUUGCUCGCCUGUGGGACUUAGACGAGGGCGACUACUGGGGCUACAUCACCAACUGCGGCACAGAAGGGAAUCUCCACGGCAUCCUGGUUGGCCUUCUUUGUCCUCUUGGCCCUCUUCCUCCCCUCCCCUUGCGUCUCUCCUCCUCCCAUUGCCCCUCUUCCUCCCCUCCGCCUACCUCUGUUCCUUCCUCCCUCCCCUCUCCCAGUCGAGAAGUCCUGCCAAAAGGAGUCCUGUACGCGACUAGGGAGUCCCAUUACUCGGUCUUCAUGGCAGCUCGCAUGUAUCGCAUGGAGUGUGAGAAGGUGGCCACUCACACCGCUGGGGAGACAGGGACUCAGUCAUUCCCUUCCCUACUCACUCCCUCUCUUCCUCUCCGUCCUCCCAGGAGGGAGGUCCUGCCAGCCGGGGUGCUGUACGCAUCUAGGGAGUCCCACUAUUCGGUCUUCAAAGCAGCUCGCAUAUAUCGCAUGGAGCGUGAGAAGUCAUGUGGAGACACCCAUAAGCAUACUCGCUCUUCCCCCCUCCCUUGCUCCCUUUCUCCCAAGAGGGAGGUCCUGCCAGACGGGGUGCUGUACGCGACUAGGGAGUCUCACUACUCGGUCUUCAAGGCAGCUCGCAUGUAUCGCAUGGAGUGUGAGAAGGUGGCCACUCACACGGCCAGGGACAUUGAGGUUUGCUUUUCUCAAGAUGGCACUUGCCUCUCUUUUUCUCCCUCUCCCCUCUCCCAGGAGGGAGGUCCUGCCAGACGGGACGGGGUGCUGUACGCGUCUAGGGAGUCCCAUUACUCUGUCUUCAAGGCAGCUCGCAUGUAUCGCAUGGAGUGUGAGAAGGUGGCCACUCACACGGCUGGGGACAUUGAGGUUUGCUUUUCUCAAGAUGGCACUUGCCUCUCUUUUUCUCCCUCUCCCCUCUCCCAGGAGGGAGGUCCUGCCAGACGGGACGGGGUGCUGUACGCGUCUAGGGAGUCCCAUUACUCUGUCUUCAAGGCAGCUCGCAUGUAUCGCAUGGAGUGUGAGAAGGUGGCCACUCACACGGCUGGGGACAUUGACUGCCGGGAUCUGGCUGGGAAGCUGGCCAGGCACAGAGGCCGACCUGCAAUCCUUAAUGUGAACAUUGGUACGCACCACGGUGAAGGGAGCAGUGGACGAUCUCAACCUGGCACCACAGUGAAGGGAGCAGUGGACGAUCUUGACCUGGCCAUCACCACGCUGCACGAGGCAGGCCUGUCGGACCACCAGUUGUCCCCCCCACGUGUGCUCCCAUCACACGUGCUCAACCUGCGCUUGCUGCCCUCACCAGGCUCUCUUUCUUCCUCCCCAUGGCUUGGAGCAGUGGACGAUUUGGAUCUGGUCAUCACCACACUGCACGAGGCAGGCCUGUCGGAUGAGCAGUUCUACAUCCACUGUGACGGAGCCCUCUUUGGCCUCAUGCUGCCGUUUGUCAAGAAGGUAAGAGGCGGGCUGGGCACCGUGCAGACAGCAGGUCAUGGGUGCUGCCGCAGUGCCAUACAGCACAUCAGUGGUGCUGGUGUGGUGUGCCAGGAGAGUCACUCACACGAGGCAGGCCUGUCAGAUGACCAGUGCUACAUCCACUGCGACAAGGCCCUCUUUAGCCUCAUGCUGCCGUUCGUCAAGAAGGUACGCAGUGCUGAGUAUGCUGUCAGUAGUGCAAUGCAGCACACCAGUGUGCUGGUACCAGGAGAGUUACUGCACGAGGCAGGCCUGUCGGACGAACAGUGCUACAUCCACUGUGACGGGGCUCUUUUUGGCCUCAUGCUGCCCUUCGUCAAGAAGGCUCCCCGUGUGACUUUCAAGAAGCCUAUAGGCAGCGUGUCAGUCUCCGGUCACAAGUUCGCCGGCUGCCCCAUGCCCUGUGGGGUGCAAUGUGUAUGCAUCAACCCCAUCUCUCCUAUCCGCAUUCUUCCCUUGCACACCUUUCACCCACCAGGCCCCCAGCGUGAUGCCCCCAGCGUGACGUUCAAGAAGCCAAUCGGCAGCGUGUCAGUUUCCGGUCACAAGUUUGUGGGCUGCCCCAUGCCCUGUGGGGUGCAAUGUGCCCCCAGCGUGACGUUCAAGAAGCCAAUCGGCAGCGUGUCAGUUUCCGGUCACAAGUUCGCCGGCUGCCCCAUGCCCUGUGGGGUGCAGAUCAUGCGACGCUGCUACCUCUCCGCUCUCUCCUCUGACGCCCCUCGAGUGACCUUCAAGAAGCCAAUCGGCAGCGUGUCAGUUUCCGGUCACAAGUUCGUCGGCUGCCCCAUGCCCUGUGGGGUGCAGAUCAUGCGACGCUGCUACCUCUCUGCUCUCUCCUCUGACAUCGAAUAUCUCGCCUCUCGCGAUGCAACCAUCAUGGGCUCGCGCAACGGGCACGCACCCAUCUUCCUAUGGUAUACCCUCAACAAAAAGGGUUACCGCGGAUUCCGGAAAGACGUGCAGCGGUGCCUGCGGAACGCGCUCCACCUGCACGCGCGGCUGCGGGCGGCGGGGUUCGGCGCGAUGCUGAACACUCUCAGCAGCACGGUGGUGUUUGAGAGGCCGGAGGAGGAGGCGUUUGUGAGGCGGUGGCAGCUGGCAUGCCAGGGGAAGGUGGCUCAUGCAGUGGUGAUGCCGAGCGUGUCUCCGGAAAAGGUUGAUCUGUUUGUUAGGGAGUUCGUUGCGAGUCGAGAGAGGUGCCGAGCAGCUAAGGCUGCUGCUGAUGAUGAUGAUGAUGAUGAUGAUGAUGCAACUGCUGCUGCUGCUGCUGCUGCUGCUGCUGCUGCAACUGCUGCUGCUGCAACUGCUGCUGACGGUUCUGCUGCUGGAGGUUCUACUGCUGGUGCUGCUGCUGUUGCCAACGGUUCAGCUGCCACCAGCACAGAUGCGUUAACAAGUGAUGUGUGUGUGGCAGACGUGAUUGGUCCUGAGAACUGCUCUUGUGCGGCCCACGUUGCCAUCUGGCGCACUCGUAUUGAGCAGGAUGCUGUUGGAAGAAGACGGUACAGCUGCUACAGUGACACGUCUGGGGACGAUGCUUCCUUGCACGGAAGCAGUUCUGUGCAAAGGCUAAGCAGUUCUGUGCAAAGGCUGUCAUAG